AUGCAGAUAGAAACACUUGACUUUUCAAAGUUUCAUGCUGGAACUGAUGCCGAACGCUACGAGUUCUCAAAGGCACUACUGGCAGGUUUCGCAAGUACAGGCUUCGUGAAGCUCAUUAAUCAUGGGUUCUCACGAGAGGAGAUAUCACGGAUGUUUGAAGAGAACCGACGCUUUUUUGAACUGACUGAUUCAGUGAAAGCACGAAUCGCCAACGAAGAUGGUCCAAAACCUCAAAGAGGAUGGAGCUCACUUGGCGCCGAGAAGACUGGCCUACUGAACACAGGAGGCAAGACCAACCUCACCAAACCAGACAUUGAAAGCCGUCAAGACGCGAAGGAACACUUUGACAUCGGUCCAUCAGAAGAUACGGAAUUUCCUAACAAAUGGCCGGACGAUAAAUUGAUUCCUGGCUUCCAAUCAUGGCUGGAGUCCUACUUCGACAGGAGCCAGUGUAUCACUCUCGCAUUGAUGGAAGCUUUAGAAAUCUCUAUGCAUCUCCCGAAAGGCGCUUUCGUCCAAAAGUGUCAAGGACAUGCCAGUGAACUCCGUCUUAAUCAUUACCCAGGGAUAGCCGUCAAGAUUCUUGAAGAAGGGAGAACAAGUCGUAUCUGGCCUCACACCGACUUUGGCAUUAUCACUUUGCUCUCCCAAGAUGAUGUGGGAGGACUCGAAAUCCAAGAUAAGGAUCACCCAGCAAACUUUGUACCUGUACCGAGAGAGGACCUAUCUGAGUUGAUCGUCAACAUCGGUGAUACCCUCGAACGGUGGACGAAUGGGUUUCUGCAGGCAGGACUACACCAGGUAACGGCACCGCGGGAGAUGUUGAAUCGGAGUAACGAAAACCUGCUUCCAAGACGAUCCAUUGCUUUUUUUCUCAAGGCUCACAGACAGAUGUCGGUGGGUCCAUUACCUCAGUUUGUGGCAGAGAAGACACCUGCAAAGUAUGAAGAUAUAACCGCCCUGGCUUAUCAACAGAGGAGGACUGCGAUCGUUUACUGA